CCUUUAGUCAAAGAGGAGAAAGUGCAAGGUCACCCCUGAAUAACAUAACAUACCGGUUUGAUGCCACACAACUUUGUUCCAGACAAAGACAGCCUCUUCGUCCCAUCUGCCAUCCACUUUGAGAUCGUAUACCUGCGCCCAGACAAGCCUGCCGUCGUGCCUUGUCGUGUGACCGAUCCCCAGGCUAAGGCAUCCCUGCACCGAGAGGUCCCACCAGAGGAAAUCACAGCAAACGGGACUCUUAUGUCCUUUGACCCUACCAGGGGUUUCGUCCUACAAAACCCCAGCGCGGAUCUUCAGGGGGUCUUCUACUGCAAGGCUGCAUCCAAGGGUACCCCUCAAAUCUCCACCAAAUACCAGCUGUUGUACGUGGAAGUUCCCAGUGGGGCCCCAUUUGUGAGCCUCAGAGCCUCUCCUGAGACGGUGAGAGGAGGUGACAACGUUAAUGUGACCUGCACUGUGCUGGGAGAGCCAGAGGUGGACGUGAGCUUCAGCUGGUCCUAUCCUGGACAGGGUCAGCGUCCAGUUCACAUCCAAACCCUGUGGAGGCUGGUUCACAGAGGUAUGGGCUACACCACAAGGGUCUCCCAGAGCAUCUUGGUUGUGGAAGACAUAGAAACCAUUGACUUUGGUAACUACAUCUGUAAAGCUAAGAACCAGCACGGUGAGACAAUAAUGACCACCAAAAUUGUCUCUUCAUAAUCCCCACCAAGGAUCACAUGAUGCUUUUUUCUUUUUCUUUUUGUUGUUGUUGUGAUGGACCUUCUCCACAUGUAAAGUGUUAACACUGACAGCCAUCUGCAGGACCAGAUAAAAUCUAUGUCUGACCACAUAUUAGUAUAUAUUAUCUUACAAAUUUUUAAAACAAAAUAAAGAUUCUUUAGGUGCUUUGCUCAA